AUGGAGGUCAAUAAGGGACGAAAGAUCACCCAAAUUGGAGGAGAUGAAUGGGAUUGUUUCAUUGCCAGCAUGCAUCUUACUGUUGGUGAAUUGAUCAGCUUCUCCUUCAGAAGAAAAACUUCAAGGCUUGUUGUUAUUCUUCUCAACUAUGAGGAAGAAGAUGAUGGCCCACUUGAUGAAGCAGUCUUUGCCCAAAGAAUGACGAGGCUGACCGAGGAUGAAACUGACACGCUUUGGGAAAAACUUCUGCCACGUGAUGCCUAUGUCGGGAUGCCAUUCGUGACCCGCUUGACAUUGACGAAUGUUAACAGCCAUGUCAUAAAAUUACUUAAGAGUCUAUGUGUGAGUGGUGGCAUCGAACAAGAUGAAGAAGGCAUUUCUAGACUACGCCUUACUACAAGGGGCUCUGUCACCACCCGUGUUUAUGCAGUGCACACGGACAGGCGCACUAUCUUCGGUGUGGCUGGUGGAGCAAUUUCCCGCUGGCAAUAA